AUGAAAGAACUUAACAGCUAUGAUGACCGGAAUUACUUCAUCACCGUCAAACAAGAACAUUCCAAUCCACACAUGGACACCCCUUCACCUGAUGGUUACGUAUUGAAAAUCCUCAACUCCAUGGACUCCAAAAACCUUGACUAUGUCGAAGCCAUGCAGUCACUCAUCCUACAUGCCUGGGAAAACGAUAUACAAACCACCCGUCCUGUCCUGUCUGUGUCUGGAAAACUGAUGCAUGUAGAGGAGAUUCCAGUGGAGGGCUCCGGAAAGGAAGAUUCCCCAGUAAAGACAAAGAAGCACAUCGUGCGUCUGUUUACGUAUAUUCCCGGGGACAUACUGGUCAAGGCUCCUUACACCGCCAGCCUCUGCUACACAGUGGGGAAAUACGCCGGUGGACUGGACAGAAAACUAAAGACAUUUUACAACAGUUUUUACGAGAAUCAUGGAAACAUUUGGAGCAUGAAAAACCUGCCUAAACUGAGCGAGUUCGUGUAUGCUGUGGAAGAUAGCAGCGAUCGCCAGCUCGUAAAUGAUGUCCUUCAGAAAUUCAACGAAGAAGUUAUCCCAUACUACGAAGAAUUUCAAAAAGGUAUGAUACAUGGAGAUUUGAACGAGCAGAACAUCUUGGUUCGUCGGACAGAAAGCCCAGCAGACGACAUGUAUGAUGUGUGUGGUAUCAUAGACUUCGGGGACGCUACCUUCUCCUAUUACCUGUUUGAAAUCGCCAUCGUGAUUUGCUAUAUCAUGAUCGACAGUACAGUGCUGGAACCACUGAUCGCCGGGGGCCACGCCCUUGCUGGUUACGUCUCUGAAAUGGCUCUGACAGAACGGGAACUGGCCGCGUUGAGGGUGUGUGUGGCAGGACGACUGUGCCAAUCUCUCGUCAUGGGAGCCUACACCUACAGUCUGAACCCGACCAACAACUACGUGGUGACCACUGCUGUAAGAGGAUGGCCGUGUCUGAGGGCGCUAUGGUCCACGUCCCCAGAAAUUCUUCAUCAGCGAUGGCACAGUAUUAUCUCAACUUAUAAUAAUUAAAUGCACAACGUCAGGGGUUAUCAACACUAGCUCUAUGAACUUAGUUAAAUACCGUCUACACCUUUUAUUUAUCAUUACACAUGUAUAUCCAUUUCACUUUAUGCUUCUGAUGAAACCCCAUCAUGGAAUGGUAUUCUGUCAAAAUUGUACUCUGACCAAAAGAACAUGAUAAAAAUGAUUAUAAGCGGUUCAGGUUAAAUGUAAACGUGCAUAUGAUUUAAGCAGAUUAAAGCUCCCAUGUAAACCUGUGUUUUCGGUGUAUACAUUGAUUCCAUUGGCACGUUUGGGAUGAUUAAGCCUCGCUAACACGAUAUUUUUGUUGAGCUGACCGUGUAAUUCGCCUAGUGGAAUGAACAUCGAAAGAUUAAUUGCCAUUGUCCUAAACUCUGUCAAAAAAGAAACGCAACCCCCGUAUUUUAGAGAUUUUAAUAUUUAGUUUUAGGACGGCACAACUUUUUU